UAUUAGCAUGUAUUUCCAUAUAAUUUCCUUUGUGCUGAACGUGGAUAGUUUUUAAUUAUCGCACACAUUAGGAGGUAGAUAGUGACCUGGUGGUGUACUGUUCGGUUGUCAGGCAGUUCCAUUUAAUUUCAAAAUGUCCUCUGAAGUUAAUAAGGCCGAAAAGGACGAAACGCUAUCUCUAUCACGCGAGAUUAACUGGUUGAAAGUAUUAUUCCAAAUCCAAAUCACGCUGUCUGCACUGUGUGCUCUCCAUUUCCUCCUCUAUGAAUCGUACUGGUCUACAGUUUUCUUUACCAUUUUCCUAACAUUUUUGGGACACAUGGGAGUAGCAGCUGGAGCUCACCGGUUAUGGGCACACAGAUCUUAUACUGCCACUGGAGCACUGCGAUUAUUUUUGUUAUUAUGUCAGACCAUGUCUGGAACUGGUACCAUAUACGAUUGGGUUCGUUGGCAUAGAUUACACCACAAACAUUUUGGAACCGAUUUGGAUCCGUUUAACCCGAACAGGGGGUGGUUUUAUGCUCACGUACACAGUGUAGCUCUAAGAUUAAGUCCUGCACAAGAGAAAGCCUUAGAAGAGAUUGAUAUGACAGACAUUGAGGCUGAGAAGAUGGUUAUGUUUCAGAAAAAGUGGUAUCCACUUUUGUACUUAAUUUUCGUAUUACUUCUUCCCAUAAACGCACCGGCCGAAUACUGGGGUGAAUCCCUCUAUGCGUCUCUAUUUUUGGUUGGCUGGUUCAGAUAUGCCUUCGGAUUGCAACUUGCCUGGCUGAUUCACAGUGCCACGAAGAUUUGGGGACUGCAACCUGGAGAAAAGUACCCAUGUGAUACCAACUUAGUAUUCAUUCUAACGAAGAGCAACUGGCUUUCCUAUCACUAUUUGGCUCCUUGGGAUUACCAGACGAGUGAAUAUGGUCAAUACGGCAACGACACAGUUACUAAAUUUAUUCGAAUUUGUGCGGCCUUGGAACUCGCUACGGAUUUGAGAACCGUUGACAGUAAAACAGUCAGGGAAGCCUUGACAAGAUCUGUUGUAGAGAAGAAGGAUAUUACCCAGUGCUUAUUAGAGUUGUCAAAAGAUGCCAAUUUGCAGCCAGAUCAUUAUUUAAACCCUCAAAAAUAUUCUUAAUCAUUUUAAUUUAAAAAUGUAAAUAGUGAAAAAUUCACGUUAUAUUUAUUUGAAUUAAACAACUGGCAGCAUUAAAAUGCCUUGAAACAUGCUUUUUUAUACAUAUAUGUAUAUGAAUAAUUGUAAUAAAUUUUUAUUAAGCCUUA